AUGUCCAAUCGAUUUUUGGUGGGUAUUUUUGGAGGUGUUGGGUCUGGAAAGAAAAUCCUGACUGACAAACUAGCCAGACACAUUCGGGACCCUCGAAUCGAAAUUCUGAAAUUUCAUAAUUUUGGGAAAAACGAAAUUUCAAAUCUAAAUUAUCGAAUUUAUAUCGAUAAACCUUUUGAUAGAUUGCUGGAGAGAUACGUUCUAAGUCUGCCAACAAGAAUUCUACUGGACAAAAAAGUUUUGGGUCAACAUUUGGAGGAAUUUCGAAAAUUCCAUAUGGCAAAUGUUGUGAAUCAGAAGACUCUAGCUGAUUUCUGGCUUUCUGGAGACAUGGAGAAUGAAGAAGACAAAAUCCACCAUUUGGCUCUGGAAAUUCUUAAAAAACGAAUCAAUUUCGAUGAUGAUGAAAAUGUGAAAAUCUACUUGGAAGCCAAUCACGGAAAAUCGAUAAAAAGUCAUCCGAAUAGAUUGAAAAACGGAAAUUCAGAAAUUUUUUGA